AUGCAUGUUAUUUCCACAUCAAAACUACUUCUUCAAAAAUUAAGGGAUAAUGGUUGGUGCAAUUUACUUGGGAUUGUUAAGAAGUUUUGUGAGAAACAUGAAAUUGACAUUCCUGAUAUGAGUACACAAUACACGGUUGGAAGAGGUCGAUCUCGUCAACCAAAGAUAACAAUCGAGCAUCAUUGUCGAGUUGAUGUGUUUUUUACAGCAAUUGACUCUCAAAUUCAAGAGUUAAAUAGUAGACUCAACGAGGAAAUCAUGGAGCUUUUGACUUUAAGUACUGCUUUGGACCCUAAAGACAAUUUUAAGUUGUUUAAUAUUCAGAAUAUAUGCAAGUUAGCUGAAAAGUUUUAUCCUUUAGAUUUUUCUGAUCAUGAAAUGAUUCUCUUGAAUGCUCAAUUGCAACAUUAUACAUCUGAUAUACCGAAUCAUCUAAAAGAUGUUGGGACACUUUCCGAGUUAUGUCAAAGAUGGAAGGAAACAAGAAAAUUAAGAACUUAUCAUUUGGUUGAUAGACUGAUUCGCAAUGUCUUGACUCUUUCAGUAUCUACAGCAACAACAGAAAGAGCUUUCUCGGUAAUGAAAAUUGUUAAAACAAGACUUCGGAGUAAAAUGGCAGACGAAUUUCUUGCAGAUAAUUUAGUCAUUUACAUUGAGAAAGAAAUUACAGCCACUUUCAGUACAUAUUCAAUAAUAGAUGACUUUGAAUCAAGGAAAAAACGUCGAGCUCAAUUGUCUAUGUAA